UAGUAUCUGGGACCCCUCUGUAGGGUCUCUGACUGAGAGUCUCUCCUCUUGCUCCAUCCCCGUCUUCAGAUGUCCACCCUCCGGGGUCAAGGAGCUGUGCACAAGCAGUCGGUUUGUCAGUGAAUCGUAGAAGCAGCCCUGAUUUGUUCCUAGAAGAUGCCUAUCACCAAGGGACCCGCACAAGGAGGGGAGACCCUGCCCUUCCCCAAGAGAGCUCCCUUUGAGUGGGCCUUCAGGACCCACUAGUGAAAUAACUAAUGAUCUCUUGAGGGUUGGCAUAUUAUCCCAGCUCAGAGAGGAUCGGUGAGCCCUGUCUGCCCCACACAGCUGGUAGAUGCGGAAGGCGGGUGGCCUAGGGUUUUUCUUCAGUCUAGUGCCCCAGACACGGCUGGGGGCUUGGAGAAGGGAGAGCUGGGAUCCCGUUGUGGGCUCUGUGCUGAGUCUCUUUGAUUUGCAGUAGGGAAGCAGUCGACCAGAGAAUUCUGGGGUUUACUCAGGGGGAGGGGGAGGAUGUGGAGUCUGGACUCCAGUUUCCUUGAUCUCCAGGGCUCUGGACAGGUAGCUGGUUAUCACGGUGACAUCCAUAGUGCCCGGGAGGGGCCAGCGUCCCAGGGGAUUCCCAGGCCCAGCAGGUGAUUCGUGGGGCUUCCGUGACCUCAUUGACAAUUGCCCGGCCCUCCCCGGAGGGCGGGGCUCCAAGCACCCCGGUUGGACCCGGACCCCAGAAGACCGCCAAGUCCUGCCUUUGCCUGGCCCGGGAUGAGCCAUGGGACAACUGAUCGCCAAGUUGAUGGGCAUCUUUGGGAAACAGGAGCACAAGGUUAUCAUCGUGGGACUGGACAACGCAGGAAAGACCACCAUUCUCUACCAGUUCCUGAUGAAUGAGGUGGUCCAUACGUGUCCCACCAUCGGCAGCAACGUGGAGGAGAUUGUUCUGAAAAAUACCCACUUCCUCAUGUGGGACAUAGGGGGACAGGAGGCUCUGCGCUCCACCUGGAACACGUACUACUCCAACACUGAGUUCAUCAUCCUUGUGAUUGACAGCACGGACCGGGAUCGCCUGCUGACCACUCGGGAGGAGCUGUAUAAGAUGCUGGCCCAUGAGGCUCUGCGAGACGCUUCCGUCCUGAUCUUUGCCAACAAGCAAGACAUGAAGGACUCCAUGAGCACCGUGGAGAUCUCCCGAUUCCUCACCCUCAGUGCCAUCAAAGACCACCCAUGGCACAUACAGGGCUGCUGUGCCCUCACUGGGGAAGGGCCCUCUUCUAGGCACCGGAGAAACAGCAUUGAACAAAACAGACAAAAAUCCCUGCCCUCGUGGAGCUUAUUUUCCAGUGAGGGGAAACAGACAAUAAACAAGAAAAAUAAGGAAAAUAUAUAGUAAGUUAAAAAGGGAUGAGUGCUAAGUGGAAAAGUCAAGUAAGAAAGGGAGACUGGAUGGAGGUGGGGGCAUGUUGUAAUUUUACAUAAGGUGUCCAGGGAGGGGCCACCGAGAAGGUAGCUGCUGAGUAAACAGCUGGAGGAUGUGAAGGAGCUGGGUCACCGCCACGCAGAGGGCCUUGCCUCGGGCCCGGAGAAUUCCCUUCUCUCUUCCUUCUCAAGUGGAAUCACAGCAGGCUGAGGAGCUGGAUGCCUGGUUGAAGAGGCGGGGAGCCUUUAGGCAGAUAAGCCCAAGGAACUAUGCAUUUCUGGCAGUGUCCUUGCCACCCCCUGGGUCAGGAACCCCCCUCGCCCUCCCAACAGUCGGCUCAAUUCAACCAGCAUUUCCUAAGUACCUCCCAUGUGUCAUGCACGGUGUUGGGUGGUACAGACAUGACCAAGAUCCCACCCUUGCUCUGGAGUUGCUCACAGUCCAAUGGGAGAACUUGCUUCCGGAGCCUCUUCCUAGGCCUUUGAAGUCACCCUGACACUACCCCCAGUGAUGGGAAGAGGCAGUGGAAGCUUGCCCAGAGACCUUGCAAAGGUGGGUCUCCAGGACCCUUCCUCAGGGAAGCCCUCCCUGACUCCCAAACAUCCAGAGGCCUGUGCACGACUCCUUCCUAACUGUUAUCACAGUAUGGUUAGAGAAUUAUUUGUUUCAUCAUUUGUUUUACAUCUAUCUCCUCUGCCAGACAGUAAGCCCCAGAGAGUGUGUCUGUUUUUUCACCAGUAACUCCAGGCACAGUAUCUGAUGCAUAGUAGUUCCUCAGUCGGUUUAUGUUUGUUGGUUGACUGAAUGACCGGAUGUAACUUCGGUCAUCCCCUCAGUUGGCUCCGGGCACGGGCUGAGCGCCUGAAGGCCAUCAUCCUCACGGGACAUGCUAAUCCUUGCCC